GACCAAUUUCAAAGUCUACCGCAAUUGUUAACAAUAACUGAGUGUGGUAAAAAAUGAAAAAACUGAUAAAUCAUUUUUAAUUAGGAAAAAACUCUUCUAAACAUUUCAAAAAUGUUUUAAAGUAAAUUGUCGGUGUCCUCAACUAAUUGUUCUGUUCUUUGUUCAAGCCUUCACAUUGGCGUUUCAAGUAGAAUCUACCACAAAAACUAAUUGAAAUUUUAUUCAACAAUGGCAACCAAUGAAGAUUUGUGGAGAUUAUGCACAGAUUGGUUAACAAGAUGCAAGGUGAUUCCACCUGAGCAUAAAGCAAAUGCUCCUGAGAGUGAAAUAAAAGUGUUGGCAAUGGUUUUACGAGAUGGAGUAUUGCUUUGUUCACUGCUAACUGUUCUUGAUCCCACCAUCGAAAUCAAGUCAUUUCAUCGAAAACCUCAAAUGGCUCAGUUUCUUUGUUUUCACAACAUUUCAAUAUUCUUAGAAGCGUGCCGUACACACUUCAACUUAAAAGAAUCAGAUCUAUUUGAACCUUCAAUGCUUUACGACUUGACAAACUUCCAUCAGGUGUUGAACUGCCUUUCUAAGCUUUCUCUUUGUCGAAAAGUACAACAACUCAAUCCCGAACUUGAUGGAUUUAGUUCGCAAAUUGGACACGCAGACCGCAACCAUUCAGAUGAAGAGAUCUACAAGGAUUUACAUUCAACUACCACAGAAAACGCUAUUUGCAAUGGGCAUGAAGAACAUACUACUAAAGAAGAAGAAGUUUAUCAGGAUUUAUGUUCUAUACAAAAUUUGACACGAUUUCAGCUUUCUGCAUCAACAGUCAGUUGUGAGCAAAGAGAUUUCGUGGUGAGGGAGCUAUUAGACACUGAGGCCAACUACUUGGAAGUGCUCAAAGCUCUGAAUUUUAAGUUUAUGGGUCCGCUUGAAAAACUCCUUUCACAGGAAGAAUUAUCAACAAUAUUUUUUUGUGUCAAGGAUCUCGCUGAUAUUCAUUCGAAGUUUUUAGAAAGAUUAAACGAUUCAGUUAUUUCCAAAGGAAAAACCAAAUUAAGUCAAGUUUUCUUGGAUUUUAGAGAACCAUUCUUAAAAUAUGGAAAAUAUUGUUCCAAUUUAAGUGCAGCUACUGAUCUACUAAGAGAUGUUUGCAAACGAAGUUCUACAGUUGAACAAAUGGUUUUGCAAUGCCAAAAAGAACACAGUGGUGGAAAAGUGCAACUUCGUGAUAUUUUAUCUGUGCCAAUGCAAAGAAUUUUAAAAUAUCAUUUAUUACUGGAUAAACUAGUGCAUGAAACGCUUCCUACUCACGACGACUACCGAGGCCUAGAACGAGCCAAAGAAGCAAUGGUAGAUGUGGCACAAUAUACGAAUGAGGUCAAAAGAGAUUCAGAGCACCUAGCCAUCAUACAAAAGGUUAAAGAGAGCAUUUUGGAUUUAAAUCUUCCAAACGGAAAUGAUUUAGAGCAGUACGGUCACUUGUUGCUAGAUGGAGAGCUACAUAUAAAAGCACACGAAGAUCAAAAAACUAAGAAUCGUUAUGCUUUCAUUUUUGAGAAGUUAAUGAUUCUUGUUAAGAACACAAAUACAAAAGUGGGAGAAGCACAAUAUACUUUUAGGGAAGCUCAUAAUUUGAUUGAUUAUCGUGUUGAAACAUGUGCUCCAACUAGACGUAGAGAUCCUAGGUUUAAAUAUCAAUUGCUUCUGGCAAGAAAAUCCCAAUCGACAGCAUUUACUCUGUAUAUGAAGCAGGAAACUGAAAGAAACAAGUGGAAUAAAGCAUUACAUGAAGCAUUUGAUAACUUGGAGCCUCCUGGCUGUCGAAAUACUGAUCACCAAUUCCAACUAUCAACAUUAGAACGACCAAUUAGCUGUUGGCACUGUUCCAAAUUUUUAAAAGGAUUAAUACAUCAAGGAUACAUCUGUAAAGUUUGUGGGAUUGGAGUUCACAAGGGAUGCAUAAGUUCAACGGGUCGUUGCAAACAAAAUAUGGCUCAGCCUCCUCCAGUAAAUAGACACCGUGUAAACCAGUAUGUAAACCAAGUUAUCUUAUUUUUUAACUUUUUCCAGAUUUGUGACCGUGUUCUUUCUGAAUUUUAUUGGUUUGUUGGAAAUAUGGACCGUGACACUGCUACGAUGAAACUAAGUACUCGUAAAGUAGGAACAUAUUUAUUGAGAGUCCGUCCACAAGGUGCUUCACAUUCAGAUGAAACUAUGUAUGCCUUAAGUUUAAAAACCGAUGAUAAUGUGGUAAAACACAUGAAAAUUUAUCAAGAAAAUGUAGGAGAAUGCGUUUUGUAUCUUUUAUCUAAACGUCGUCAAUUCAAAACAAUUGUUGAAUUGGUUUCCUUUUAUGAAAGGAAUGAUUUGGGUGAAAAUUUUGCUGGAUUAAAUCAAACACUUCAAUGGCCAUACAAAGAAAUAUCAGCAACAGCACUAUUUGACUUUCUGCCAACAGAAUCUAAUCAGUUAGAGCUACGUCGAGGCUGUCACCUUAUUGUAAUUGGAAAAGAAGGCGAUAGUAAGGGAUGGUGGAGAGGGAGGGUGAACUCGAAAGUUGGAUUUUUCCCUAAAGAGUAUGUCCGAGAAAACACUAAUGUUACAAAUGCUCUAUGAUAUAUUUCAAAGUUAAAUAUUUCUUAUAUUGACUUUGCGAAUUUCUCUUUAAUUCACUGAUGCAACUUUCGACAAAUUUUGAAAUCUCUCUAUUGAUUUAAGGACGUAAAGUCACACAACACGAAUAAAGGGACAUUUUAAUCUUGUUCAUUCCUUCUGAAAUAUUUAAUAUAUCCUAUAAUUGAUGGAUAUGCAUCUAUAUGAUUUUAUAGUGUACUGUACGCCGAAUUAGUAUAAUUCAGAUCGCCUGACUUUUAGGAAAGUAUGCAAUUGAAAUACAUUUUAAUUAAAAAAAAAACUGCGACUUUUAGAUAAUUAAUUUUGAAUAUGUGUCAGCAUUCAGUAUUUAUUAAAAGAAUAAUUGACAAAACGUGUAAUAAAUAAUCAUUAAUAUA